UCCUUGAAACCCCCCCCCCCAUCCACCUCUCCACGCUUUUAUUUCCAUUGGGACUCUUCUUUCCUUCUUGUUCUUGUUCCCUCUUGUUCUUGUCUAAUCUCCUACUUUGUUUGUAUUAUCCAAUCCCCAACGGACUAUAAGACCUUGUCACGACUGUGUUUGCUUAGGAUUAGAUUUCUCAGUUCGGAUUGGACUAAAAGACUAGCUUUUCAGUCCAUUGGGAUUUUCUCGGACAUGGAGAGGAUUAGUUUUGUGAAGAAUGGUGUGCUGAGAUUGCCUCCCGGUUUUCGAUUCCACCCGACUGACGAGGAGCUUGUUCUGCAGUACUUGCGGCGCAAGGCUUACUCCUGCCCCUUGCCUGCCUCCAUCAUCCCGGAGGUCGAUGUCUGCAAGGCCGACCCUUGGGAUUUGCCAGGUGAUUGUGAGCAAGAGAGGUACUUUUUCAGCACUAGGGAGGCCAAGUACCCCAAUGGGAACAGAUCGAACAGAGCGACCUGCUCCGGUUACUGGAAGGCGACGGGAUUGGACAAGCAGAUUGUGACUUGCAGGGGCGGCCAAGUCGUGGGGAUGAAGAAAACUCUGGUGUUUUAUAGAGGAAAGCCUCCCCAUGGCACCAGGACCGAUUGGAUUAUGCACGAAUACCGCCUUGUUUUGCCCGAAAAUCCGGCCUCCAUUGCCCCACCGGAAAAGAAUUCAACCCAAAGCCCUGUGGUGCCAAUGGACAAUUGGGUUCUCUGCCGCAUAUUUUUGAAGAAAAGGGGAGGCAAAAAUGAGGAGGAGCAAGUUCAACAGCCCUCCUUCAAUGUUCGAAAACCGAAGAAUUUGAGGCCUGUUUUCUACGAUUUCAUGACGAAAGACAGGGAAAAUUUGAGCCUCGCGCCUUGUUCUUCCUCCUCAGGGUCGAGUGGAAUCACAGAUGUGGUUUCUAGUGAGCAAGUAGACAAUGAUCACGGAGAAAGCAGUAGUUGCAAUAGUUUAGGUUUAAUUAGAAGAAAACAGUAGCGGUUUUAGUUAAUUAAUUUAUAAUCCCCUUAAAUUAGUUCGCUUAUGUUCCAGUAAUUGGGCUCUUCUGGUUGCUUUAUCAGAAUAAUCAUCUGAGAAAAAUCCAAGUUUAGGAAGAAAAUCGGCGGUAACUUGUAGUCGGUAAUUUCGAGAGCAAUGGAUGGUGUGCCCUUAUGUAACCAAAUCCCAAAUUUUCUAAUAUCUGAUGUCUUUACAUUUUAUUUCCA